GUAAAUUGUCAAAAUUACAAAAAAGUGAAUAUUUUUUAUUAAAUAUAAUUUUUUUAUAUUUUUUGAUUGUUUCUUGCAAAAAAAAAGAGUAAAUGCUAUUAGUAGAAAAAUUCCAGUUUAAACAAUAGACCGGAACCAGUUCUAGCAUGGAAUAUGCUAUAAAUUCGGGAGUGCAACAGAAACCGAGCGGUGAAACAUCAGAGAGCUCAAAAAAGUGGAACACCCCAACCGGUCUGCCUCAAACCACACAGACUGCGCAACAUGCAAAUAAAUCGCCAAACAAGCCAAAUCAGGGUUGGAAGGCAACAAAAGGAAAGAAUGUGCGCCAAAAUGAAACAAGACGGAAAGAACUACCACAUUUCGUACGCACAGAGAUGGAGAUCUUGAAGCACUUAAGAAGAGUUAACCGCGAUUUAAGAAUACUAUUACAACCGAAAUAUAACUGUGUCUCCACACCACGAGUUAACAAAGGCCAUCAACCCGUGAGACAAUGUAGAGAGCCACCUGUAAGCAAGGCUGGGCAGAGCAAAGUCGGCGCUGGCGUAAGGAAAAGUCAAAACGUAUUAGCAAAAGCAAGCAAUGUGAAGCCAAAGAGAGCGACGCAGCAGCGUAAACCAUCGGCAGGUACCAACAAGGUCGCGCCGCUGCCAACGAACCAGAGUUGUACGCGCAAACCACAGAGUGGCGUCCAAGCGCUACCGCAAAAAUUCAGCACGGUAACCCGGCGCAGCACACUACAACGCCUGAUGCUUUAUUUUAAGCCGAAACGGAAACCCGAUGCUUCUCGGCGUGCGCAAAAGCCAGCGAUAAAGGAUAAUAAUAAGAGCGAUGCGAACGAAGCUAUUAAAUGUAAGACGGACACGCUAUGCUGCAAACUCAAGCGUGGUCUACAAGGAACGCGAAUUGCCAAAGAAAAAGUGGAAGCACGACACCCUACUAAACUUGCGGAGCAGCCGGUGAAGGAUGUCGAAGCUUUGAAGCAUAAGCUCAGUGAGGAGAAGGUGUUAAAGCAGAGAGUGAUGGGAAGAGCAAGAAUAUUAAAACAAAAGGUGGCAAAUGGAAAAUCAUUAAAACAGAACGUAAAAGAUGAAGAGUCACCAAAACAACAAGUGAAAGCUAUAGAGCCACCAAAACCCAUAGCGAAAGAGGAGGAGCCUGCAAGCCCGAGCAUGAAAAACGAACGAACAAUUGGAGAAAAGGUGUUGGCCUUCAGAUUGAAUUGCUUAGGAGCAAAGUCAUUGCACAAAGGAGAUGAGAGUAAAAGCGCGCUGAUCAUUAACAAAAAACAACUUUUUUCAAGAACCCCUGAAGUGCUCGCGUCUAAUGCAGAGUGUGCGCUGCAAGACCAGAAAGCAGUGCGCGAAAUAGAAAGCACGAUAUCGCACGGGAGGUUCGGAAAUUGUUUGCCGUUUUUGAAAGCUCGUAAAAAGGCGCCAGUGCGUGUGACGACAUUGGAAGAAAAGGCGUCAAGUGAAUCUGAGUUGAAAAAGGUGUACAAGAAGCGGAAAUUUAGAUAUAGCACAGCAAACAUUGACCACUUACCGAGCAGUAGUCAUACAAACAUGAAAUACGUGGAAGCAAUCAAUGCUAUAAGGCGACACAAUCGGAACAUUUAUAAAGAUCCGCAUGAAACGCCAAGCACAUCGUCGUUAGAGGAGUAUUUUCACGUGCUCUCAGAACGCAUGGCGCGCGAGCAAAAGGAAGCAGAUGAGCGUAAACCAAGGCGCAGAGGUCGACGCGGCGCGGGUAAUUAUAAUUUGCCGCGCAGAAGAGUGCGACCACCAAUAAAAUGAAAAUGUGGCGGCUGUGAGCUUUGAUAUGAUAAUAAAGUGGAUUUAUGGAAGCGCUUGAGGUUCAGCGCGGAGAGUUCAGCAA